UAUAACAGUAAUCCAUCAUUCAGACACACUGAAAUUCUAACCAGUCAGAGUACAUGAUAUCUAAUCAUUCAAUUGAUUUGACAACGGAUUAGUUGAAAAACAAACCCACGUUUUCUGCCUCACGAAUCAAUCCUAACCUUUACACGUCUCAUCCGUCUUCACUAACGGCUCAGCUGGAGAGCUCUCAGCCGGUUAACGGUGAACGGUUACCUCAUUUGAAGAUGACGGCCUCUGUAUAACGCUCGGGCGCACACGCUUUUAAUGAUUCGUGACUUCUCCUCCCUCGCGGAGAGCAGAGUAAAGGAGUCGGUCCUUUCUGCACCUUUCUCCGAGAAGAGGGAGGUGUUGAAUUCGCUCGGGAAGGCGAGGGCGGAACGGUAGUUUACAGAAAGUGGUUGCUACUGCACGGCAACAGAGCUGAGGUCUAACCGCUACUAGACGUCACAAUGGAGAUUCAUCCGAGGAAUUCCCUCACUACGGAAACGGAAGCAUCUGGAGUGUGUUAGUUACAACGGGAGAUUAAGAUGUGGCGCGAGCGCUCACGAUUUAACGAUGUAAAUAGUCUAUGGGGGAGUCUGUCUGUGGGGCGGACACGUUUUAUGUCUGGAGAAGAGAGAGACAACCUUGUUCCGCGCUGACGGCUCCGUUGAAACCCCUCUCUCUAUCUAACCUGGGCAGUAACGCAUGACCGACUGACAGACAGACAGACAGACAGACAGCAUUGGUUCAGUCUUCCACGCUAGCUGGAGGAGGCACAGAGAGGAGGCACAGAGAGGAGGCAUCUAUCUACGUCUAUCCAAGUUGCUCAGCAGCUCGGUGAAGCACAAUGCCCUCGUAGGAGCUGAUAUGCAGAAGCGUUGUGUAGGAGACUCGGGAAAAGGGCGUUGAAUAAAGUACUUCUCCACUCCCCAGUCCGUUCACCCCUCGCCAGACAUGACUGGUCAGAGCCUGGAGGAGCUGACAGCAGCCUAUGAGGAUCACACCGUGCGCAUCAAUGUGGGAGGGUUCAAGAAGAGGCUGUUCUCCAACACUCUGUCUCGCUUCCCGGAGACCCGUCUGGCUCGUCUGCUACAGUGCCAAUCAAAAGAGUCGAUACUAGAACUCUGCGACGACUACGACGACGCGGAAAAGGAGUUUUAUUUCGACAGGAACCCGGCUCUCUUCCCUUACGUGUUGAAUUUCUACAACACCGGGAAGCUGCACGUCAUGGCAGAGUUGUGCAUCUUCUCCUUCAGCCAGGAGAUCGAGUACUGGGGCAUCAAUGAAUUCUUCAUCGACUCGUGUUGCAGCGGCGCCUACCACUGCCGAAAGAUGGAUCCUAACCGCGGGGAGGACUGGGACGACUGCCGGAGCGACGAGGGCAGCACCACGUCAUCGUUCGACGAGAUUCUAGAGUUCUAUAACGACGCCACUAAGUUCGAUAAGCAGCCGUUGGGGAGCGUCCGCAGGCGGAUCUGGUUGAUCCUGGAUAACCCGGGGUACUCCGUCGCCAGCCGAGUCAUCAGUAUCCUCUCUAUCCUGGUCGUGUUGGGUUCCAUAACCACCAUGUGCAUGAACAGCAUGGCUGAGUUCACCCUGGUGGACAGGGAGGGGACGCCUCACGAGGACCCCAGGUUUGAAACGGUGGAACACUUUGGUAUCGGCUGGUUCACCUUGGAGCUGGUGGCCCGGUUCACAGUCGCUCCAGAUCUUAUCCAUUUCUUCAAGCAUCCGUUGAACUUAAUAGACCUCGUGUCGAUAUUACCGUUCUACCUGACGCUCUUCAUCGACCUGGUGGCCGAGAGCAGCCCGGCGCUGGCCAAUCUGGGGCGCGUGGCACAGGUGCUACGGCUGAUGAGGAUCUUCCGUAUCCUGAAGCUGGCGCGUCACUCCACGGGGCUGCGCUCUCUGGGCGCCACGCUGAGAAACAGCUACAAGGAGGUGGGGUUGCUCCUGCUCUACCUGGCGGUGGGCGUGUCUUUCUUCUCUGUCAUGGCCUACACCGUGGAGAAGGACAGCGAGGACUUCUCUACCGUCCCAGCAUGCUGGUGGUGGGCCACGGUGAGCAUGACCACGGUGGGGUACGGAGACGUGGUCCCGGUAUCUAUAGCCGGCAAGAUGACGGCCUCGGCCUGUAUCCUGGCAGGCAUCCUGGUGGUUGUGCUUCCCAUCACCCUCAUAUUCAACAAGUUCUCUCUCUUCUACAAGAGACAGAAACAGUUAGAGAUCGCUAUGCGCAGCUGUGACUUCGACCAGGAGAUCAAAGAGAACCUUCCCUCUGUCAAUCUGAGGAACUACUAUGCACACAAGGUGAAAUCUCUCAUGGCCAGUCUGUCCAAUAUCAACCGGAGCCUGCCCAGUGAACACAGUCUGAACGAGAUGUCAAUACAUUAAGAUCUGUGGAUCAACAGACUGCCCCCCCACCCCGCUGGCCUUAUAAGGAAGGACGUGACCGAAGGAGAGGAGAAACAUGGUGGAAGAGGUAGUGCUGUUUCUGUGUAGCCCUUGUUGUUGAAUAGAGCUACAUGGGAAGCUGAAGUUUAGUUUGACUGACAGGCGAGGGCGUGGGCGGGCCAACCAACAUCACAACCUUUCUAUUGGGAGAAUCACAUCGAAUCCUCUCUCUCUUUUACAUUCUUCUCAAAUCCCAUUGGAUGAGAAAGCCAGAGGUCCUUCCCCUCUGACCUUUCUAAUCCAAUGGGUUUUUUGAGAAGGCUUUUCGAGGAGAGAGGACACAAGAUAUCAAAGAAAAACAAUGGAGAUUCUCCCAAUGAUUCCUCUUCCACCUUUUCAUUCACCUCAAGUGUUUUAACAGUGUGGUUCACCACUCGGGGUCAGCCCUAGGACCUGGGGUUCAUCACUAGUCACGAGGGGUCAACCCUAGGACAUGGGGUUCAUCACUAGUCACGAGGGGUCAACCCUAGGACAUGGGGUUCAUCACUAGGGGUCAACCCUAGGACAUGGACUUCAUCACUAGUCACUAGGGGUCAACCCUAGGACAUGGACUUCAUCACUAGGGGUCAACCCUAGGACAUGGGGUUCAUCACUAGGGGUCAACCCUAGGACAUGGACUUCAUCACUAGGGGUCAACCCUAGGACAUGGGGCUUCAUCACUAGGGGUCAACCCUAGGACAUGGACUUCAUCACUAGGGGUCAACCCUAGGACAUGGGGCUUCAUCACUAGGGGUCAACCCUAGGACAUGGGGUUCAUCACUAGGGGUCAACCCUAGGAAAUGGGGUUCAUCACUAGGGGUCAACCCUAGGACAUGGGGUUCAUCACUAGGGGUCAACCCUAGGACAUGGGGCUUCAUCACUAGGGGUCAACCCUAGGACAUGGGGUUCAUCACUAGGGGUCAACCCUAGGACAUGGGGUUCAUCACUAGGGGUCAACCCUAGGACAUGGGGUUCAUCACUAGGGGUCAACCCUAGGCCAUGGGGUUCAUCACUAGUCACUAGGGGUCAACCUUAGGCCAUGAGGUUCAUCACUAGGGGUCAACCCUAGGUCAUGGACUUCAUCACUAGUCACUAAGUGUCCCCUAAAGUUUAGUCAUUGUGAUUUUGCCCAAAGUAGAGCUUUACUCAUGUUCUCCUGUUAUGAGGUACUGUUGAUGUGUAACUGUUGUACUGCAAUGAGAUGAUCAAUACAAGAUGUUGAUACCUUCAGAUGUCUAGAAACCCAUAUUAAAGAUCAAUACAUAUUGAUACCUUCAGAUACCACAUACCACAAUCCAUGUCUCAAUUGUUU